GGCGGCGGCGCCCGGAGCCCGGCGAGGCGGCGGCGGAGCUCGGAGACGGCUGCAGCCCAGGGUGCCAUCACCGCGGGUGUAAAGCUGUUCCCGAGGCGAUCUCCGAGAGGCUUUGUCAGCACUCCUGAUGGGUCGGGGGGAAUGUGCUGUUAGAUCCCGCUCGACGGAGUCUGGCUGUGACCUGGAGGAGAGUGAAUUCUGCUUCACUCAUGGAGUUGUGAAGGAGUGCCUGCAUCCCCGGGAGGGACCAGCAGCCAGGGUUCCACACUUGCCUGGAGCACAAGAAGUCACUUGGUAUAAGCACAGGGAUGCUACUUGUGAGCGUGCAGGGAGUGAAGAUGUGGAAAAUGGAUUCUGCACCAGUGGGGGGAGUGUGAGGGUGCCCCUGGAUCCCCAGGGCACAUCAGCAACUGGCAAUGAACACAAAAGGAAAAUAUUCAGAAGAUUCCCGGGUAAAUGGUUCAGCUCCCAUUCCAUGCUCGUGGCGCUGCUGAUUCUGCUGCUCCUGGUGCUGGUGCUGGCUUUGGGGGUGGCCUUGGCUGUGCAGUCAGCAGCACAGGUUCCACUUACACCUGCGACUCCGCUGUUGAUUCUGGGCUGUCCCCGUGGCUGGGUUGGCUACAAUGGAGUCUGCUACUACUUGUCAAGGGAUUACGGCACCUGGGAGCAGGGUCAGGAACGGUGCUCCGAGCUCGGGGCCUCCCUGGCCAUUCUCAAGGAUGAGGCCAUGGAUUUGCUCUUCCACCUCCGCGGGAACGUCGAUUACUGGCUCGGGCUGCGCAGACGGGGCGAGCGCCUGCACUGGGGGGACGGCAGCAGCUACAGCUCCUCGGUUCCUGUCCUGGGCAAUUCCGAGUGUGUGUACCUGGCUGACGAUAAAUUCAGGAGUGAGAUGUGCUCAAAUGAGCGGCCGUAUGUCUGCAGCAAGGCUCAAGCUGCCCUGUAACAGGGCUGGAGAAAGGACUUCGUCCAUGCUGGGCAGUGCCAUCUUCAGCUGUUAGCCCAGCACAGGGCUGUCCUUCCUCAGCUGUUCCCUGGGCCUUGCACUUCCUCUCAGGGUCACCUCAGUGCCUGUUCAUCCCCAGUGCCAGUGCUGGGCUGGGGGUUCAGAGGAAAAGUCUCUGCAAUACAUCCUGCCACCCAUGCUGCCUGCAGUGACUGGAUUGCCCUCCUUACACAACAAGCUCACAUUGGAAAUCCAAAUGGUCCUGGGCUCUUGGAAAUCUUCAUGAACUGUCUUUCCAGCCCUGUGGGAGGAAACCCAGAACUGUUAAAUCCAUGCAGGAAAAGAGGGGAGCAAUAGCAGGUGGUGGAAAUGGCUGGCAAUUGGGAUUCAUUUUAUCUGCCUGAACUGCAAAGGCUGACAGACCCCGAGCACCGCCAGUGUUGUGAUGUGUCCUGCCCUGCCCCUGGCCUGGCUGCAGCCGCCUGCUGAGACGGGCCCUUGUCUCUAAAGGAGCUGCACCCAGGGACACUGAGGUGCUGCUGGAGUAAGAUCAAUAGAAUAAAAUAAAGAGAAUAAAAAGCUGCA